UUCCUCCUUUUUUUGGGGGUUUCUUUUUAUUUUCCUUUUUUUCUUCUUCAUAUUUUCCAAACAAAAAAAAAAAUGUCUGACGACCGGAAAACAGGAACCGUCAAGUGGUUUAAUGAUACUAAGGGGUUUGGUUUCAUCACUCAAGAUGACGGCGGUGAAGAUCUCUUUGUUCACCAAUCGGCGAUCAAAACCGACGGCUUUCGAAGCCUAGGCGACGGCGAGACCGUCGAGUAUGUUGUGGAGACCGGAUCUGAUGGUCGGAGUAAGGCUGCUGACGUUACUGGUCCAGAUGGUGCUAACGUUGUCGGAAGUACCCGUGGCGGCGGCGGCGGUGGAGGAGGAUACGGUGGCGGCGGUGGUUAUGGAGGAGGUGGUGAUCGUUACGGAGGAGGUGGUGGUGGAUAUGGCGGCGGUGGUGACCGUGGUGGACAACGUGGCGGCGGGGAUAGGUAUGGCGGCCGAAGUGGUGGUGGUGGAGGAAAUGGUUGUUUUAAGUGUGGUGAAAGCGGGCAUAUGGCUAGGGACUGUGAUCAGGGUGGCGGUGGCUAUGGAGGAGGUGGGUAUGGUGGCGGCGGCGGCGGACGUAGCGGUGGUGGUGGUUAUGGAGGCGGUGGACGUAGCGGCGGAGGAGGCGGCGGCGGCGGAAGCUGUUAUAACUGUGGUGAGAGUGGUCACUUUGCAAGGGAGUGUCCAACUGCUAGCAACCGUUAGAUCUGGAAUGAAAUGGAAGUAGGUAAAUCACUGCAGAUGUAAAUUUACCUUUACUUUUAUGUUUUUUAUUUUUACCUUUUUAACUGUUUCAAGUGUUGUUCUUGUCUUUUGAUGGAUGGUGUUAUGGAUCUUAUUAUAUGGUUGGUUAUAACCAUUUUGAUGGAAGUGUUUCUAGAUCUUAUAUGAUAUGGGUAUGGUUAUGGUGUUUGAUUA